AUGCAACUGCACAAAUGGCAUACUAAUUCGAGAGAAUUACAUGAACUUUUGAAUAAAGAAGGCAUACUUUCAAAUGCAAAUUUUGAAAUUUCUGAUGUUGAAAACACCGCCUUAAAGGUUUUGGGCAUGGCGUGGGAUAAUUCGAGGGAUUUACUGUAUUUUGAUAUUCGAAGCCUGUUGUCAUUUUUAUCGAAACCAAUUGAGACAAAAAGGUUUAUUCUACAAGUGUUAGGACGAAUUUUUGACCCAAUAGGAAUUUUGGGACCUUUCACUGUAAGAAUCAAACUCUUAAUUCAGAAGAUUUGGGCAUCACAUAUAGAUUGGGACGAUCCACUUCCUGAAGAUUUGAUCUCCCUAUGGAGAAAAUGGUGCGAAGAGUUGCAUCAAAUAAGUAAAUUCAAAAUCCCUCGACAUUAUUUUUUUGAAAGUUUGUGCUCAGACAUUAGAAAUCUUGAACUACAUUGCUUCUCAGACGCUAGCACUGCGGCAUGUGGUACAGUUGCGUACUUACGUUUCAAGACGAAUGAUAAAGAAAUUCGAACGACGCUCAUUGCUUCCAAAAAUAGGGUAGCGCCAUUGAAAAUACUCACCUUACCCAAAUUAGAACUAAUGGGGGCAUUACUAUCUGCCAAACUGGGAAAUAAUAUAGUGAGAAUUUUGAAUUCAAAUAUCCCUUGUUAUUUUUGGACCGAUUCAAGCAUAACGUAUUUUUGGAUCAAGAAACAGCCCGAUGCAUUUAAACCCUUUGUUAAGAAUCGUGUUCAGGAUAUUCAGAAGUUGACGUCACCAAAUAAUUGGGGACAUUGCAGAAGUUGUGAUAAUCCAGCGGACUUGGUCAGCCGAGGAGCAAAGAUCUCAAAGUUGAUUAAUGAAACCCUUUGGACACAAGGUUCACCUUGGUUGAGACUUUCGCCUGACCAUUGGCCAAAAUUGUUCCAUGAGAAAAUAGUAGAAGAAUCUCAGCUAGAAUAUAGAAAACAAUCCCUGGAGACACAUGAACUUGAAUAUAUAGUCGAAAAUAGAGAAGACCCAGUUGAUUUAUUCAAAUAUAGUGACUUAGAAAAGUUAUUGAGGGUUACAGCAUGGACAAUGCGCUUUAUCGCGAAAUUGAGAAAAUCUAGUAACAUGCAAGGAGCUCUAAUUACAGAAGAGCUACAAAAAGCAGACAAUUUACUGAUACGAUGUGAACAAAAGAGGCACUUUGGAGAAGAAUUUUAA